CUCUCGGAACUGCCGGACCCGAGAGCUCAGCCCGGUUGCCGGAGGGCCAGCGGGGAAGGAGCGGAGUGGGUCGGGCGGGGCCGAGCCGGUCGGGCGGGGGGGGCCCGUGGGCCGUGCGUGGGGGGCGGCCGGGCCGGGCCAGGCCAAGGGCCGGCGGACGGCGGCAGGAUGGGCUGCACCGUGAGCGCCGAGGACAAGGCGGCGGCCGAGCGCUCCAAGAUGAUCGACAAGAACCUGCGGGAGGACGGCGAGAAGGCGGCCCGGGAGGUGAAGUUGUUACUGUUAGGUGCUGGGGAGUCUGGGAAGAGCACCAUUGUCAAGCAGAUGAAGAUCAUCCACGAGGAUGGCUACUCAGAGGAGGAAUGCCGUCAGUACCGGGCAGUUGUCUACAGCAACACCAUCCAGUCCAUCAUGGCCAUUGUCAAGGCCAUGGGUAACCUGCAGAUUGACUUUGCUGACCCCCACCGUGCGGAUGAUGCCAGGCAGCUGUUUGCGUUGUCUUGUGCUGCUGAAGAGCAGGGAAUGCUUCCUGAGGAUCUGUCUGGUGUCAUCCGAAGGCUCUGGGCCGACCACGGUGUGCAGGCCUGCUUUGGCCGCUCUCGGGAGUACCAGCUCAAUGACUCGGCCGCUUACUACCUGAAUGACCUGGAACGCAUCGCACAGAGUGACUACAUCCCCACACAACAGGAUGUGCUGCGGACCCGCGUGAAGACCACAGGCAUUGUGGAAACACAUUUCACCUUCAAGGACCUCCACUUCAAGAUGUUUGAUGUAGGUGGUCAGAGGUCUGAGCGGAAGAAGUGGAUCCACUGCUUUGAAGGUGUCACAGCCAUCAUCUUCUGCGUAGCCUUGAGCGCCUAUGACCUCGUGCUGGCCGAGGAUGAGGAGAUGAACCGCAUGCAUGAGAGCAUGAAGCUGUUUGACAGCAUCUGCAACAACAAGUGGUUCACGGACACGUCCAUCAUCCUGUUCCUCAAUAAGAAGGAUCUGUUUGAGGAGAAGAUCACACACAGCCCGUUGACCAUCUGCUUCCCGGAGUAUACAGGGGCCAACAAAUACGACGAGGCAGCCAGCUACAUCCAGAGCAAGUUUGAGGACCUGAAUAAGCGCAAAGAUACCAAGGAAAUCUACACGCACUUCACGUGCGCCACCGACACCAAGAACGUGCAGUUUGUGUUUGAUGCUGUCACUGAUGUCAUCAUCAAGAACAACCUGAAGGACUGCGGCCUCUUCUGAGGGGUAGCAGGCCUGGCAGGAUGGGCCACCGCUGACUCUGCUCCCCCUGUCCCCCUGAGGAAGAUGGGGGCAAGAAGAUCACAUUCCCCUGCCUGUGCCCUGGCCGCUUCUUCCCCUCUUUCCUCUCUCUCUGUUCUCAGCUCCUUUGUCCCCCCUCCCUUAGCUUCAGACGUGAGGGAGGGGCUGCCAUAGGCCUCCCUGUUUGAAGCCCAUUCUUAUCUGUGGUGUUGGGGAGUGGCCAUGGUACCCCUUUUUCCUGGGCAUCUGUUCUGGUUUUCUGACCAUUGUUUUUAUUCGGUGGGGGUGGGGGUGGGGGAGCACAUGCAGAGUCUCCCAAGGCCCAUAUCUGGAGGGACACCCACUUCUCCAGCCUGGACCCCUGGCUUUGCCCAACACCAGCCCUGACUCAGCCCAAGUCCAAAUGUUUACAGGGAGCCUCCUGCCCGUCCCAUCCCCUACCGCUCGGAGGCCCCAAAGG